AUGGUUGGUCUUUCUUGUAUGGGGAUGGGGCGUCUUGCCAAAGCGUUUAAAUCAUAUAAGACACAUACUAGGAAAAAAUCUAUGCCUAUGGAAUUUUCAAAGCUCUGGGUGAUCAGAAGUGAUCUUCAUGAAAGUGAUAGGGAGAACGUAGGUUCUUGCAGAAAGUUUGAUCAGCCAAAGUAGGACAUCAGUCACGAUGGACAGACUUCUCCCGCUGUUGGUACUUUUACUCUUCAAGUUCGUAGGUGGCACAGACAUAGUGGUUGUAUGUUUUGCCAACUCAGGUGCUACCAGCGGAACGGUCAGAGUUCGCGUCAACGGAUCACCAGAGAAACCAAGUAAGACGAUAUGUUGGGACAGCACAUGGGGGAUGGAGGAGGCGAAUGUUACCUGUCGGCAGAUGGGAUUUCUAAAAGCGACCUCCACUGGUAAUGAUAGUGAUAAAAUUGACCCAAUCAUUUUUGACGUCCGCUGUUCGGGGACAGAGACAAACCUCGCAGACUGCAGUUACAGCCUCUCAGGACCCUGCCAAAGUAACCAAUUUGUCAGUGUCACCUGCUUACGGAAUCCAGCCUUUAAUGGCCUAUUUGAUGUCCGUCUGAACGGUUCAACGGCUCAUAAAGGUAUAGUCGAGUCACGGCAGACAUAUCAAGGAAAUGCAAAGCAACCGUGGUAUGCACUAUGUUACAACCUUUGGAGUAAAGAGGAUUCUGAGGUUGUCUGUAGGCAGCUUGGAUACAGCGGUGUCAAAGCUACCACGGGCAUUAUUGGUAGUCUCCCCAAUGUUUCCGCUGGAGAGCUCAAGUGUACCGGGACAGAACAGACCUUGAGAGGAUGCGGUGUGAUUCCAACAUCAGAAUGCACCGACAAGACAAUAUAUACUCAAGUCGAAUGCAACCUUGACAGUGAGACCCAGCAACCUUUUGAUAUCCGCCUGACCGGUGGUAAUACAUCAGCAGGAAGUGUAGAGCUCUUGAAGAACGGUAAAUGGGGCGUCAUCUGUGAUAAGGAUGGAGAAUGGAAGCUUGCGAGCGCCAGGGUUGUGUGUCGACAGCUUGGUUUUGUUGAUGCCAUCCGUGUGACAGAGCCAGCUGAGUUCGGCCAAGGCAAUGGUUCAAUACACCUGAAGAACCCCGGGUGUAAGGGAGACGAAUGGAGCAUAGAGAGGUGUCCAAGACCAUACGGUUGGGGAGGUGGCGUCAAAGCAUGCCAGACAAAGGACACGGCAGGCGUUGUUUGCAGCCCGGAAAAAUUUCCUGCGUAUGACAUCAGCUCAACACGCUACACACCAAACACAUCGAAAUCUUUUAGAAGAUUCUUCCUUCACAGCCAAGGAUUCCCUCAACUCUUCAACUACGAGGCGCAGACACAUCAUUUGUGCACCAUGACCUCGAAUACCAUCAUAGAGUUCUCCAUAUAUAUCCACUACAAGAAAUUCCAGGAAAACCAUAGCGAAACACUGUCAUUCCAAGCCAAUGAUUCCCAGGCAACGAGUAGUACCUUCAACCGUCUUCAACUCUACGGGAAUAAUUCGGACCCUGGACCUUAUACAACAAAUACCAAAUCAAUGACGAUGGAAUUCAAGUCGAAUGGUGCUACAGGAAGUGGAAAGUUCCGACUUGAAAUAAGAGUCCCUGCUAGCAUAGCUGUGUCUUUAAGCUGCUACAACCUAACGACAACACCAACGACAACAUCAUCAACAUCAACAACAUCAACAACAUCGACCACAAGCGUCACUUCUCAAGGUAACCCUACCGACACGACCACUGCAUUGGUAUCCAAUACCGCGACUGGAGGCUCUACAAAAGGUGAAGUCACAGAACCAAUCACCACACCAGUUUCCAUGACAACCGAUCAAACAGAUUCAACCACGUCUGCGUCAGGAAGCUUGGACUGGUGCGAUUCGGGAAGAGACGGAAUCUUCGACCUGCAAAUGACACAGGAGGUUACGACGACAAAAGAGUGGAAUUCUCAGGAAUUGAGAAUGGUUCUGCUUACGCCAACGUCGGGACGGAGUACGUCAAUGAUGCAUUCAUCCUUGACGGUAGUUCUCCGAUGACCGACCAAGACGCCACUUCUCCAUACGCAAAUGUGCGGGAGUUUGGGCAAGAUGAAUCCAGGGUGAACCAGAGUCAUCUCCAGGAUCCAGUGUCCGAAGCUCCGUAUGACGACGUGCGAAGCGUCGGUCCCAACAACACGACCGAGAGCGUGACCGAGAGCGGUUCAAACCAGGCCCACGGAGGCCCAAGAGAGACUCAGAGUCUCUCGAAUGACGAUCCGCCUCAUAGUGAAGAGUCACCAUAUGCACAUCUGGAUCCCGUAAACCAUCAGGACUAUCUGGAUUUCAGGGAGCUCAGCCCGGAACAGAUGAGACCUAUCUGAAGUAAGACUUCGGUUGGCUCUGUCGCCAUUCACUGAUUAGUGAGUGUAGACAAACUAUUAUAGACUAAAGCUAUCAUGUUUAAGGACUGCCACUCAAAGGAUGACUAUCAUGAGUUUAUUUCUUAGAUUUUAUAGAUAAUUUGAAAGAAUCGCAUACGGCAUCGUCACGUCAGGCAAUCACGGCUGAUUAUAGUGAAAAAAAUAAAAAAACAACACUUUCAACAAAACUGAUAUUCGUAGGCCUGUAAAAAUUUAUCCACUGGUAGAUUUCGUUGUGAAUACCGUAGGUAGUUUAUCAUACCGCGCUUUAUAGUACGCGGGCCAAUCACAACACGCCGAUG